GCCGCAGCCAGACCGCCUCAGACAGCUGAGGCUCUAAAAAAGAAGACGCGGCGUUUAUUGACCUCGUCCUUCCUGGCCGUCGUGUACAAUGGCGAAGACUUAUGAUUAUCUGUUCAAGUUGCUGCUCAUCGGUGACAGCGGGGUCGGCAAGACGUGUCUGCUGUUCCGAUUCAGCGAAGACUCCUUCAACACCACCUUCAUAUCCACCAUAGGAAUAGACUUUAAAAUCAGGACUAUAGAGCUGGAUGGAAAGAGAGUCAAACUUCAAAUAUGGGACACUGCAGGCCAGGAGAGGUUUCGAACCAUCACUACAGCUUACUACAGAGGAGCGAUGGGAAUCAUGCUCGUCUACGACAUCUCCAAUGAAAAGUCUUUUGAAAACAUUAAAAACUGGAUCAGGAAUAUAGAAGAGCACGCCUCCUCAGACGUGGAGAAGAUGGUCCUGGGGAACAAAUGUGACAUGGCGGACAGGAGACAGGUGUCCAAAGACCGAGGAGAGAAGCUGGCUAUCGACUAUGGGGUCAAGUUCUUGGAGACCAGUGCCAAGACCAGUCUAAACGUGGAGGAGGCCUUUUACAGCAUGGGGAGAGACAUCCUGCACAAUCUCAGCUCCAAGACAACGGACAACAACAAUGGCGCGUCAGGCAAGGCCAUCAAGAUGACGGAGAAAAAGUCCAAGAGGAUGAAGUUGUUGAAGUGUUCGCUCCUCUAGGCGACUAACUCAAGUGUCCGAGCGCCUUUUGCUCCUCCGGCCGGGCUGGCGUCCCUCGUCGGGCGUCAGCUGAUGUCCCGGCAAGGAGGCGGGGCCUCGCUGAGCCUCAAGGUUCAGUCCGCUGUGGGCCGGCCCGACUUGAAGACGCUCCGUGAGGAAGCGGGCUUGAAAGCCCAAACUGUGCUGGUGGCCAAUGUUUGUGUUCUAGAACACCUCCGUUUUUUUUAAAGUAGCAAACCUUCAUUUUCUUCUUGAGGGAGGGAAUCUUUGGGCGCGUAACGACUGGAUCCAAUUCUGAUUCCUGGGGUGACGAUUCCAUUGACAAUCAAUUCUCCAUUCAAAGACUUAUUAUUUCAUAUAAUUAUAUUGACACUUUUUCAAAACAGCUUACAGCUUAGAACAAAUAUUUGUGGUUGCAUGGAGAUGGCCUGAUAUUGUUUUUAUUUGAUUGAUUUAUUUCUUCAAAUCGAUUUUUGAAAAUGAUGAAUCCAUUUCAAAUCAGGAUGAAUAAGAAUCCCGAUUCAGAUCUGAAUCGAUUUUUUGUGCACCUCUAGAAUAUAAUAAUAUUUUUAAAUGUAUUAUAUAUUUUCAAAUACAUAUACACGUAGCUACGAAGCAGGUGUUCAAGCGAAGGCGUACAUCAGCCAGUCUAGAGACUACGUGGCAGGACGCUCGGAGGCAAAGUAAAUGUAUUAUAAUACAUUUCAAGAUAAUAUAUCAUAUAUUAGGGGUGCACAAAAAAAGAUAAUAUAUCAUAUAUUAGGGGUGCACCAAAAAAAGAUAAUAUAUCAUAUAUUAGGGGUGCACCAAAAAAAGAUAAUAUAUCAUAUAUUAGGGGUGCACAAAAAAAGAUAAUAUACCAUAUAUUAGGGGUGCACCAAAAAAAAAAUCACAAUUUGUAUUUAUCCCAAUUUAAAAUGUUCUCAAAACACACGUCUUCAGAUCUGCUUUUAACCUGUGAUUAGUGUUGUGUGUCUUGUAAAUGUCCAGUAUUAUUAUGUAUUUUACAAUGUACUGCUUUUAUAUUUACUGUAUUUUAUAUUAUUACUUUGAACUGUUUUAUAUUUUAGUUUGUAUCCUAUUAAGCGUCUUUGAGUACUCUGAAAAGUGCUAAACCAAAUAAAAUAAAAUGUAUUAUUAUUAUUAUUAUUAUAAAUAGAUUGAGAAUUUUCAAAAAUAAAAACUAAGCAAAAAAAAAGGCCAUCUACAAGCAACCAGAAAGAGAUUUUCUAACCUUUAACCUGUUUAGAAAAAGUUUCAUUAUACCGAAUAAUUCAAUAUAUGUGGUGAAUAUAUUAUACUAUAUGUACCAUAUAUUAUAUUUAAAUAUAGCGGUAAAAAAUGGAUGGAGGGGUGGACAUUUACCAUAUAAUAUACCUUUAAAAAUAUAUAUUUUUAUUUAUAAGAAUUAUAAAAAAAAAAGAUGUUUUAUGCCAUCUCCAUGCAGCCAGAAAGAGAUUUCUAGCCUGUUUUGAAAAAGUUUCAUUAUAAUUAUGAUACCAAAUAAUACUUUUGGAGAAUGGGUUUGACUUAGGACUGAUCUUGAAUAAAGAAGUGAUUCUGAAUCUCAUGGUCACCCCAGGAAUCUGACGGAAUGGUUAGGUGACACUUUUGUAUACCUCGUGCCAAAUGGACUAAUUGGAGGAGCAUCAAGUCCCAGCACUGAUUGUGUUUGUGUUGUGUGGACUAAAUGAUGCUUACUGUAUGUUGUCAUUUGUUGUGUAUCAAUUAUUGUCACGUCACCGCAGAACUGAGAAUGAAUCCAUACUGUGAUGCUAACUUGUGAGUACUUGCAUGAACAUGUUGGACUACAGUGCAUAGAAGCACAGGCGUCGGUUUCUUUGAAGUAUUCUAAUCCACAGGAAGAUUUUGUAUUAGCCCGAGAUCUACAAAGCGGAGAGGAGGCAGGGCCUGAACCCCCUCCAGCCGACCUUUUCUUGGAACUGUUUUGUGACCGAGGGCAACGGCUGUUUACGACCUUUUCUUUGAACUGUUUUGUAACCAAAGGCGGCGGCUGUUUACGACCCCCGUCCCUUUAGAAACAGCUGUUGCCAUGUAAUCAGGGAAAGUCCAAAUAAAAGAGGAGGCGUACAAUCUACAAGAGUACAGCCCAGACGUUUCUCCUCAAUUGAGCCAAAUUUAAUUCUGUCUCUGUUUAAUUCCUUGCUUCUUUGUCUGUUUAAUA